CUUCCUGUCAAAUGGCAGUAUUAUCGAAUGUCGAUCUUUUGGGUUCUUACAUACAAUACGGAAUUCGCACGCAAGAGCAUAGUAUGCUGUUAGGUUUGAAUAGAGAAAAUUGCUCUUCGAAGUGGAAUUGGUGGUCUAGAUUGGAGAAUAAAACAAUCACAGCUGGAGUCGGGAAUCAGUCAGAGCCAUGUGACAUUGUGCAAGGGGCUUUUGUGGGGUUUAACUUGGUUCGAAUAACUCCUUCGAAUUUCACACCGACCGGCAUUUUAUGUCAAUGCAGUGACCAGGUCUCUUUCUUGCCAGUGGUUAAAAGUAUUGAUACAGCAACACGGCUCACGUUUUUCGCAGUGAUGUUGAUAACUAUUUGUAGGAACCAAAUUUUAUGACAUUCGUGGUACGAAAUAAAGUUUUUCUUUAAAUGUUU